GAUGUUUCCUAAUGCUGAGCUUCCCAUUCUUCUACUCUGCAGUUUAACGAUUUCUUUGUCAUAUGCGAGGUGAGGGAAUGCUCUGACAAAUGACAUAACUAAUACCCCCUGGUUUUUAUUCAGUUUGCUAUAGGUGGAUACUUCUCUGCACAGCCUAUAAUUGAGUCAUCAAUGAGCAAGCGGGGAGCCAGAGCAGACGCAGCUAAAUUGUUAAUGACCGUUGGCUGCACAUUGAUCACCGCGGGACUCUGUCUGAGUUGCCUAACACUGAUGAGGUGUUGGACAGUGGUAGAGAUCGUUCCCCAGAUGGCCGUUGAGUCCGUCCUGGAGAAGAGGCUCUUAAAUACCAGCUUGGUUUGGAUGGAGACCACUCGACCGGCACACACAUUUAUCUACUCCAACAUCUCCCUGGAGGAGUCUGAAAAGGCUGGAGAGAUUGCAAUAAUACCUCUAACAAAGUAUCAAGCAGUUCAUGUUUGGCGCAUCAUGGAUUCCACAAGAUGUUGGAAACAUUCCUUUGAGAUUCUGGUCCAUGUUGACAUGAUUGCAUCACACAAUUCCUGCAGAUUUCAGGUAUACGUUCAAGCUGUGAAUCUCCUGUUCUACCACAUCCCAAAGAUGUUCUACUGGAUUCAGAUCUGGUGACUGGGAAGACCACUGAAGAACACUGAACUGAUUGUCAUAUUCAUGAAACCAGUUUGAAGUGACUUUUGCUUUGUGACAUGGUGCAUUAUCAUGCUGAAGUACCCAUUAGAAGAUGAGUAAAUUGUGGCCAUGAAGGGAUGCACAUGGUCAACAACAAUACAAUUCAAGUGAUGAAUGAUUGAUCACUGGAUAUUUUUUUUUUUAUUGCACCAUUCUGAGUAAAGUUAUAGAAAUACUCAAACCAGCCCGUCUGGCACCAACAAUCAUGCCAUAGUCAAAAUGACUUAGAUCACAUUUUUCCCCAUUCUGAUGGUUGAUGUGAACAUUAACCGGAGCUGCUGGCUUGUAUCUGCAUGAUUUUAUGCAUUGCACUGUUGCCACACUAUUGGCUGAUUAGAUAAUUGCAUGAAUGACUAGGUGUACAGGUUCCUAAUAAAAUAGCUGGUUAAUGUAAAUCAGCCUUAACUGUGCACCUAAAGUUGUUCAUUUCAUUCAAACCUUUAAAGUAGUCCAGUCUGAAGCAGUGGGUAUAUUAUGUCCCAUUUAAUGAAUGAAUGAAUGAAUAUAAACCCUUAAACAUCCAAAAUUCCUUGAGCAGUCCUUUUUUCUAAAAGUGCACACAAGAUGCAGAAUGCAGUGUUAAACCCCUGAUGCUGUCUUAUCUGGCUUGACUGAACACUUUGCUACAUUUUGCACUAUGGCAAAUGCUUCUUGUGCUUUAUUAGCAUAACUUCGAUGUUAUCCUAGGUGUCUGCCUCUUUUCACAGAGCAA